CUGACCUCUCAGCACCACUCUUCCUGCUUUCUCUGUUUUUUUCAUCCAGCCCCAAAGACCCUGAACAAUGGCACACCACUGCCUGUCCUGGAGGGAGAGUCCCUGUGGUCUGUGUGGCUGACAGCACCCCACCUCCCAACCCCGCCCGGCUGAGCUGGUCCUGAGAGGGAAGAACACUGAAUUCCUCCCAGCUCUCAGCACCCGGGGGCCUGGAGCUGCCUCAGAUAGGGGCUGGGACGGAGGAGCAUUGACCUGUUGGGCUCACCACCCACUGCGAUUUCAGCACAUUUCCCUGAGCCUCUGUGCAGAGUGAGUUGCAGGACGGCUGCUGAGGUGUGGAGGGCCCCAGGGGAGCAGUGCUGAGAGGCCUGACUGAGCCCCUCCUGCUGAAGACAGAACUCAGAUGUGGACACCCAGCCCUACAGGACAGAUGCAGGACAACACUGUCAGCCAUGGCUCAGCCCUUCUGACCAUUGCAGUUGAGAUGCUGCAACUUCCCAGGGAGCGACUGGGCAAACAUGGGGGCCUGAGAAAACUGACAUCGGUCUAAGGAGGCUCCACCACACAGGAUACUCCCAGUUCCUCCCAGCCCAGCCACACAGUUACAAAAAAUCUUCUGCUGAAUUCAGGUGCAUGUUUCUUCUCCCAUGGAAUCCUGCCCAUCGCGGAGGGUGCAUGCCCCGGGGCUGGUGUCCUCACUCCACAUCUCCUGUUCACCUGGACCCCUGGGAGCAGAGCUUGCAGAAGCAAAGCCCCAGGGCCAGCUGAUCCCUCAUGUUCUGGAGUAACCAGGGAAGUGUGGCUGAGCAAGACAUCGGUGGUGAAGAAACCCUUCGUGGUGCAGUGAGGAAAGGAGAAAUAUCUUCCCUUUUGAAAUCUGCCCCUUUUCUUCCGAAUUUCCUCCCUUCCAAGCCCCACAGUACAACAGUCACAGCAUCAGUUUCCCAGACCUCCCGCGAGCCAGGCUCCCCUCUGUGUCCUUGGCGUGUAUCAACACACAGAAUCCUCACCUCCACAGCCCCAUGUCCCUCUACUCAGUCCUCCUGAGAUUGAACCCCUGACCUACGGGAGAGUGACCCCAUCCUGCCUGUGCCCCCCAACUGAAGCUCCUGCCGUGGACAGCUCAGACGUCAGGAGCCUCCGUGUCUCCCCUCCGCACAGUGACCCCUUGGGGACAGUGUCCAGCUCUGCUGUGUUGAACUCGUUGUGCAGAAAGGGGGUGCCCACCUCGUGCUUGCUGGGGGGGGGAUGAGAGGCUGCCUGCUCACCCCACCUGCACCCCCAUCUCUCAUGGCCCCGAGUCCCACCUCUGAGCUACGCAGAUAUCCACAGCCUGUGACUCAGGGGUCUGGCCAGAUGGGACUCAUUUUCACCCUGCAGAAAAUGUCACCUAAGGGGAAGGGCAUUGAGAGGGAGGCAGGAGGUGGGGUGGGCCCUGCAUGGGGUGGGAAUCUGGGUGAGUCUGUUUCCCACUCUGGCCUCAGGGACCCAGGAGUGAACAUGGGGUGGUGGACGGUGGAUCUCCCAGGGCUGACCCGGGCCUGACAGUGUCUGGGUGUAAAGUUCCUCCUCUGAGGAGGUCACUGUUCCGACCUCGCCCCUGUCUUCCUGUGGGGCCUUCUCUCAGUCUUGAGCCCUCAGUUCCUGAGAGAAGAACCCUGAGGAACAGACGUUCCCUCGCGGCCCUGGAACCUCCAACCCCAGACAUGCUGCUGCUGCUGCUGCCCCUGCUCUGGGGGAGGGAGAGGGCGGAAGGACAGACGAGUAACCUGCUGACGAUGCAGAGUUCCGUGACGGUGCAGGAGGGCCUGUGUGUCCAUGUGCCCUGCUCCUUCUCCUACCCCUCGCAUGGCUGGACUCACCCUGGCCCAGUAGUUCAUGGCUACUGGUUCCGGGAAGGGGCCAAUACAGACCAGGAUGCUCCAGUGGCCACAAACAACCAAGCUCGGGCAGUGCGGGAGGAGACUCAGGACCGAUUCCACCUCCUUGGGGACCCACAUACCAAGAAUUGCACCCUGAGCAUCAGAGAUGCCAGAAGAAGUGAUGCGGGGAGAUACUUCUUUCGUGUGGAGACGGGAACUAUAAAAUGGAAUUAUAAACAUCACCGGCUCUCUGUGAAUGUGACAGCCUUGACCCACAGGCCCAACAUCCUCAUCCCAGGCACCCUGGAGUCCGGCUGCCCCCAGAAUCUGACCUGCUCUGUGCCCUGGGCCUGUGAGCAGGGGACGCCCCCUACGAUCUCCUGGAUAGGGACCUCCGUGUCCCCCCUGGACCCUUCCACCACCCGCUCCUCGGUGCUCACCCUCAUCCCACAGCCCCAGGACCAUGGCACCAGCCUCACCUGUCAGGUGACCUUCCCUGGGGCCAGCGUGACCACAAACAAGACCGUCCAUCUCAACGUGUCCUACCCCCCUCAGAACUUGACCAUGAUUGUCUUCCAAGAAGACGGCACAGUAUCCACAGUCCUGGGAAAUGGCUCAUCUCUGUCACUCCCAGAGGGCCAGUCUCUGCGCCUGGUCUGUGCAGUUGAUGCAGUUGACAGCAAUUCCCCUGCCAGGCUGAGCCUGAGCUGGAGAGGCCUGACCCUGUGCCCCUCACAGCCCUCAAACCCGGGGGUGCUGGAGCUGCCUUGGGUGCACCUGAGGGAUGAAGAUGAAUUCACCUGCAGAGCUCAGAACCCUCUGGGCUCUCAGCAGGUCUCCCUGAAUGUCUCCCUGCAGAGCAAAGCCACAUCAGGAGUGACUCAGGGGGCGGUCGGGGGAGCUGGAGCCACAGCCCUGGUCUUCCUGUCCUUCUGCGUCAUCUUCGUUGCAGUGAGGUCCUGCAGGAAGAAAUCGGCAAGGCCAGCAGCGGGCGUGGGAGAUACGGGCAUAGAGGAUGCAAACGCUGUCAGGGGUUCAGCCUCUCAGGGGCCCCUGACUGAACCUUGCGCAGAAGACAGUCCCCCAGACCAGCCUCCCCCAGCUUCUGCCCGCUCCUCAGUGGGGGAAGGAGAGCUCCAGUAUGCAUCCCUCAGCUUCCAGAUGGUGAAGCCUCGGGACUUGCGGGGACAGGAGGCCACUGACACCGAGUACUCGGAGAUCAAGAUCCACAGAUGAGAAACUGCAGAGACUCAGCCUGAUGGAGGGAUCACAGCCCCUCCAGGCAAGGGAGAAGUCAGAGGCUGAUUCUUGUAGAAUUAACAGCCCUCAACGUGACGAGCUAUGAUGAGCUAUGAUAACACUAUGAAUUAUGUGCAGAGUGAAAAGCACACAGGCUUUGGAGUCAAAGUAUCUCAAACCUGAAUCCACAUUGUGCCCUCCCUUUUAUUUUUUUAACUAAAAGACAGACAAAUUCCUACCUCUCUGUACCUUGGUUUCCUGCUCUGUAAAACAGGAAUGAGAAGCCCUACUUGCAAGGUUGUGGUCACCAUUCCAGGAGUCACAUCCCAUCAGAGCUCCUGGCACAGGUGUAUGCUGAGCACUGAUGGAUCGCUGUGCUUUGAACACAAAGGUCCUGCUGGGAACCUCUCCUGAUUCUGGUGGCAGCUGGUACUUAUAUGUCUGUGUCACUUGCCUGCAAAAUAGCGAUUCUGCAACUUUCCAGGAAAUGACCUCAGCCUGCAAAUCAGGUCUAAACUAGGUAGCAUCUGGAUCCUGCCCACCUCUUCAGCCUCAUCUCCCCACCCUGUGACUGCUAGGCCACCUUACUCUCUGCAGUCUACGUACUGUGCACAGUCCAGUGGGAGUCUUUAGGACACACUGAGCUCUCUCCGCACUGCUCACAGCCCAUCCAUGGCUCCUGGAUCCUGAACCUCCCAUCACAUCCUCUUCGUGACAUCACUCUCCCACUUCAGUCCACUCCUCCAUCUUCACCACUUAACCCACUGGUCCCUCUGGUCUUUUCCAAAUCAUUUGCAACAUGCCCUGUUGGUUCAUACCUCAGUCCUUGCACACUGGGGACCCUCCUCCUAGAACGCCCUCCUCCUAGGCCUUCUUCUGUCUCUGUCUUUGAAAAUGGAGUUCAAGGAUUGGACUUCUGGGUUGAGCUGAGGGAGAGAGUGAAGCAGCAGCUCAUGAUCUCCCUCCUCUAAAGCCAAACCCAGGGAAUGAGAAACGUUUCCAAAGGGGCACAGUAUCAUCUGGCAAAUUAAACAACAUGAUCCAAAAAAAUUUACCUACAUGCAGCACCCGAACGAGGAAAGGGACAUCUCACAACAAUCACUUUAUGCAGUAGCCCUGAUAGGAAGAAAUCAAAGGACUGGAGGAAGCACUAAAACUUCCCUAAAUCUAGACUCUUGCCCAUUUACGGCAGCAUCAAAAAACCGUAAAGUACCAAGGAACAAUUUUUUAAAAAUCAUGGCCGGGCACGGUGUCUCACGCCUGUAAUUCCAGCACUUUGGGAGGCCAAGGCGGGCAGAUCACGAGGUCAGGAGAUCGAGACCAUCCUGGCUAACAUGGUGAAACCCUGUCUCUACGAAAAAUACAAAAAUUAGCCGGGCGUGGUGGCGGGUGCCUGUAGUCCCAGCUACUCAGGAGGCUGAGGCAGGAGAAUGGCGUGAA